AUGAAAUUUAGAGUCUCCCUACCGCAAUCAGCUCCGAUUGUUAUUGAUCUUCCACAACUUCAAUCCGAUACAACCACGACAUUGGAUGAUUUGAUAAACUCUCUUGUUAUGCACGACUCCAUUCCCACGUCAUUAAAACAAUGUGCUCUUUCGUUGAAAGUUGGAUUUCCUCCUCAAAAACUAGAUCUGAUAAAGUAUGGAUCGUCCUCAUUGAAAGAUUUAAAAAUCGCCAAUGGAGAAAAGAUUAUUAUUGAAGAAGAUACUGGAUCGAGUGGAAAGAUCGUGAAGGGAACUAUAGUAGGUCCUUACGUUCCUCCAUCGACAAAUGUUGGCUAUUUUGUGAGAAGAAAGCAGCCAUCUGACAAUUCUUGCCUUUUCCACAGUUUAUCCUAUGUUUUGAAUGGCAAGAAUAAUGGAAAAGUGAAAGAAUUACGUGAAAUUUGUGCCCACUAUGUAGCUGAAAAUCCAAAGGUAUACACUACUGAAUUUUUGGGAAUGAGAAAUAUUGAGUACGCAAACUGGAUCUUGCAUGAAGAUACAUGGGGAGGAGCAAUCGAAGUAUCAAUUCUAUCGGCAUACUACAAAGUGAGAGUCAUUGCAUUUGACACAACCACAUGUAGAGAAGAUGUUUAUGGCAGCGACCACGAUGAGUACACAGCUAUGGCGUUAAUUAUUUACACAGGAGAUCACUAUGAUGCACUGUGCUUGAACCCUCACGGAGAAGAGGGCUCUCCAGACAAAGAUAUUGUGUUGUUCAAUGUCAAGGAUGUGAAUAUUCUUGGAAAAGCAAGAGCGUAUGUUCAAGAAGAGCACAAGAAAUUCUUGUCCAGAAGAAAAUAA